AUGUGGUAUAAGGAAUACAUGCCAGACUAUUCGCAGAUUCGUGUCUACAAGAACGGUGACGAACGCGAUCCAGGCAAGCUCAUCACCAUAACGAGACGUGAAUACAAGCACUGGAUAAUUUUUCUCGACGCGCUGACACGAAAACUCGGUACAACAACAGCAAUUAACAGAUUAUAUUCUGUCGAUGGGCUCAGAUUCGCCGAGCUCGAGCAUAAUGGCGAGUAUGUUGCUGUUGAACGAGGGCCAUUCAUCGACUGCAAUUAUGGUGCAUAUCGUAUUUGGACUCAAACCGAAAAGGUAGCUCCACAAAAAUGGACAUCACUGGUGCGGGUGACGGAAGGUAAGCCGGUCUUUUUGGAUUCUGGUGACAGCAUGGACCUAUACCUGAAGAAGCAAGGAUAUGGAAGUACCACAGGGCUUCCUUACCCUCUCGAUGGACUGUCAAGAAGUCCAAAUGCAUCAGCAUCGCAGUUGUGUGAAGACAAGGUUCUUGAAGACGACAAGUUUGUCGAAACGUCGACCGUUUAUCAACGGAUCCAUCAUAACAAACCUGUACUGCAAAGCAUUGUGAAAUAA